AUGUUCAAAUUAAAAAUACCGCCGUCCCUCUACGCGAGCCUCUUGGAAACCCUCGACGUCCUCCACGAAUCCUUCGGAAUCGGCGGAGGCUCUUCUUCCUGCACCUCAGAACCGAAUUCUAGAUGUGCCAGCCCUACACCAGUGCAAAGGGCUCGUCUGGACGAGUGCAGGGAACAGGAGGCCCUCGACAGGGAGCAAUUGGAACAGAUGAGAGAGUUGCUGAGAUUGCAUGCUUUGGAAACUGGAGAUCUUAUACACAGGUUCCAUUUAGAUAGACUGAAGGAGCAGGAAAGUAUGCAGGACACUCCUUAUGGCAUUUUGACUGUUCGUUGCCGAUUGCAAAAUACACAUCUUCGAGUCGAGAUCAUGAGUGCGAGGAAUUUGAAGCCGACGGAUAGCAAUGGUUCGUGUGAUCCAUUCGUACGAGUCAGCUUAUUACCCGAAGACAGAUUUGUUGGUGUAUCGAAACCAAAAACCCAAAGCCAAAGUAAAACUAUGUUCCCUUUGUUUGAUGAAACAUUCAUCAUACAAUUAUCAGAGGAACAUUUAGCCAUAGAAGAUGCCUUAAUAUCGUUCAAUGUUAAAGAUAAAGAUUUCUUAGGUAUGUCGAAUCAAUUAUGGCCGAAGCCUUAUGAACUGUCGGAUGUACCAAGGGAUUCUGAUAGCGAUGAACAGACUCAUUUGACUUUGAGCAGACCCACUGCCUAG